GGCGGGAUGGGAAGGCCGGUUACUUAAAGGUUGGGGCGACCAAGGGGCCGUGGCCGCAGCCUGGGUCCUCACCGUCGCCAUGGCUCCGUACCGCUCCUCGCUGCUCUGCUGCGCGCUGCUCCUUCUGGCGCUGUGUGCACUGUCGCCGUCCCAUGCCGCCACCGCAUCGCGGGGCAGGGCCCAAGAGAGGGCGCCCCAAAGUCGGGUGUCUGAGGCGCGGCCCAGCACCAUGGUGGUGGAGCACCCCGAAUUCCUGAAGGCAGGGAAGGAGCCUGGCCUGCAGAUCUGGCGUGUGGAGAAGUUUGACCUGGUACCUGUGCCCCCCAACCUCUAUGGAGACUUCUUCACGGGUGACGCCUAUGUUAUCUUAAAGACGGUGCAGCUGAGGAACGGGAAUCUGCAGUAUGACCUCCACUAUUGGCUGGGCAAUGAAUGCAGCCAGGACGAGAGCGGGGCUGCCGCCAUCUUUACUGUGCAACUGGAUGACUACCUGAAUGGCCGGGCUGUACAGCAUCGUGAGGUUCAGGGCUUUGAGUCGUCCACCUUCUCCGGCUACUUCAAGUCUGGACUUAAGUACAAGAAAGGAGGCGUGGCAUCUGGAUUCAAACACGUGGUACCCAAUGAGGUGGUGGUCCAGAGGCUCUUCCAGGUCAAAGGACGCCGUGUAGUCCGUGCCACUGAGGUCCCUGUGUCCUGGGACAGUUUCAACAACGGCGACUGCUUCAUUCUGGACCUGGGAAACAAUAUCUAUCAGUGGUGUGGCUCCGGCAGCAACAAAUUUGAAAGGCUGAAGGCCACACAGGUGUCCAAGGGCAUCCGGGACAACGAGAGGAGCGGGCGUGCCCAAGUACACGUGUCUGAAGAGGGGGGAGAGCCAGAAGCCAUGCUGCAGGUGCUGGGCCCCAAGCCAGCUCUGCCUGAAGGUACCGAGGACACAGCCAAGGAAGAUGCAGCCAACCGAAGGCUGGCCAAGCUCUACAAGGUCUCCAACGGUGGGGGCAGCAUGUCAGUCUCCCUCGUGGCUGAUGAGAACCCCUUCGCCCAGGGCGCCCUGAGAUCUGAAGACUGCUUCAUCCUGGACCAUGGCAGAGAUGGGAAAAUCUUUGUUUGGAAAGGCAAGCAGGCCAACAUGGAGGAGCGGAAGGCCGCCCUCAAAACAGCCUCUGACUUCAUCUCCAAGAUGCAGUACCCCAGGCAGACCCAGGUUUCAGUUCUCCCAGAGGGCGGCGAGACCCCUCUCUUUAAGCAGUUCUUCAAGAACUGGCGGGACCCAGACCAGACCGACGGCCCAGGCCUGGGCUACCUCUCCAGCCACAUUGCCAACGUGGAGCGCGUGCCUUUCGAUGCCGCUACACUGCACACCUCCACCGCCAUGGCCGCUCAGCAUGGAAUGGAUGAUGAUGGAACUGGCCAGAAACAGAUCUGGAGAAUUGAAGGUUCCGACAAGGUGCCAGUGGACCCUGCCACAUACGGGCAGUUCUACGGAGGCGACAGCUACAUCAUUCUGUACAACUACCGCCACGGUGGCCGCCAGGGACAGAUCAUCUACAACUGGCAGGGUGCCCAGUCUACCCAGGAUGAGGUUGCUGCUUCUGCCAUCCUGACUGCCCAGCUGGAUGAGGAGCUGGGAGGAACUCCUGUCCAGAGCCGAGUGGUCCAAGGCAAAGAGCCUGCACACCUCAUGAGCUUGUUUGGCGGGAAACCCAUGAUCAUCUACAAGGGUGGCACCUCCCGAGACGGUGGGCAGACAGCUCCUGCCAGUAUCCGCCUCUUCCAAGUGCGAGCCAGCAGCUCUGGAGCCACCAGGGCUGUGGAGGUGAUGCCGAAGUCUGGUGCUCUGAACUCCAACGAUGCCUUUGUGCUGAAAACCCCUUCCGCUGCCUACCUGUGGGUGGGUGCAGGAGCCAGUGAGGCGGAGAAGACCGGUGCCCAGGAGCUUCUGAAGGUGCUUCGGUCCCAGCACGUGCAGGUGGAGGAAGGCAGUGAACCAGGUGCCUUCUGGGAGGCUCUGGGCGGGAAGACUGCCUACCGCACAUCCCCCAGGCUUAAGGACAAGAAGAUGGAUGCCCAUCCUCCUCGACUCUUUGCCUGCUCCAACAGGAUCGGACGCUUUGUGAUCGAAGAGGUUCCUGGCGAGCUUAUGCAGGAAGACCUGGCUACUGAUGACGUCAUGCUCCUGGACACCUGGGACCAGGUCUUUGUCUGGGUUGGAAAAGACUCCCAGGAAGAGGAAAAGACAGAAGCCUUGACUUCUGCUAAGCGGUACAUCGAGACAGAUCCAGCGAAUCGGGACAGGCGAACCCCCAUCACGGUCGUUAGGCAGGGCUUUGAGCCUCCUUCCUUCGUGGGCUGGUUCCUCGGCUGGGAUGACAACUACUGGUCAGUGGAUCCCUUGGACAGGGCCUUGGCUGAGCUGGCUGCCUGAGUAAGGACCAAAGCCACCAAUGUCACCAAUCAGUGCCUUUGAGGGUUGUCCAUCUCCCAAAGAGAUCAUAUGGCAAGCAGGAAAACUAUGGUGUGUGUGUGUGCGUUUUUGUUUUUGUUUUUUUACGGUAGCCAAAACAAGCCCUGUGAAAACUCAGGGUCUUUACAGAAUUGCUUCAAAUGUCUGUACUUUGGAAAUUAAAGCCAAUAAAAGCUUUUUGAAGUGUGUUC